AUGGGUUACAAAAGUACUUUGCCCUAUGGAACACCAAUGUUAACACAGAAGCACAAAGAAGCACGUGCUCAAUGGGCAAUCCAACAUAAAGAUGACGAUUGGAGUCGAACAAUAUUCACAGAUGAAACCUCUUAUCAAUUGUUUAGAAACACCAUUCGUCGAUGGUCAAAAACUCCAAGAGAUGAAGUCAAGAGAAUUCCCAAGAAUAAACAGAAGAUUAUGGUAUGGGGAGGCUUCAAUCAUUCAUUCAAAACACUUAUGAAUGGUCCUUUCUAUGUUCAAAUUCUUCAAGAUCAUCUUAUCCACAAUGCCAGGAAGCAAUUUCAUUGA